ACAAUCCCAUUUCUUACAAAGUACUUCACAAAAAUAUAUCCUACCAAAACUCUGAUAACACAAUAAUAUACAGAUGGAGGAGUAUUCUUGGUUGAUUUUUCCUUGAAUAAAUAUAAACCGAAGACUUCAUCUUCCAAUAAUUAAUCCAAAAUUUAAUCUAUUGUGCGUAAGCAAGGGAGUAGGAGGAGACAGAAUAAAAACAAGAAGAAGGAUACAAUGGGUGGUGAAGCACCUAACAAAUGUCUCUGGGAAUAUGGUAUACCAGACACAACCACUGGUGUACUUUCUAGUAUUGUCAGACCGGUCAUCACUGCUACACAUUUUGCACUGAAGCCUCAAUUUAUUCAGUUUAUCUCCAAUGAUUCAUUUUCAGGUUUGCCUGAUGACUGCCCCAUAAGUCAUAUUGUUAACUUUUUGGAGAAGUGUGAUACUAUGAAGAUCAACAAUGUCACCGAUGAUGCUAUUAGACUACGCCUUUUCCCUUUUUCUCUACGGGAUAGGGCGAAGGAGUGGUUGAAAGAUGAAGGCAAAGGCUCAUUUGAUACAUGGGAUAAACUAGUCAAGGCGUUCUUGGUGAAAUUUCUUGACCAAGAAAAGACUGCUAGACUUAGGAAUGAGUUAACCACCUUUCAUCAAGCCUAUGAUGAGUCGUUGUAUGAAUAUUGGGGAAGAUUUACACGUCUACAAAGGAAAUGCCCUCAUCACGGGAUUCAUGAGUGGAUGUUGAUCCAAACCUUCUAUAAUGGAUUAACCCAUGAAUAUCGAAUCUACAUUGAUGCUGCAUCAGGGGGUUCUAUCAUGUCAAAGAUUCCAUCUGAAGCAAAAGAACUUAUUAAAAAGAUGGCAGCUAAUGACAACUAUCAUUGUGAUGGUCGGAACAAUGUUAAAAUGGAAGGUAAACAUAAUAUUGAUACUUUAGCUAUGUUGAAUAGCAUUGUACAUACACUAUCUCAAAAGUUUGAUCAAUUUCAAACUGGGUCAUCUGUGAUAGCCUCAUGUGAAAUGUGUGGAGUGCAAGGACAUAUUUCUAAUGACUGUCCAUUCAACAAUGUCGAGAUGACAAUUGAACAGGCCAACUCUCUUCACAAUAACAACAACCAGGGAAAACCAUUUGAUCCUUAUUCCAACACAUAUAAUGAGGGGUGGAAGAACACUCAGUAUCGACUAAAUCCACCACCACUGCAGAAUAAAUUUCAAGCUAGAACACCUUUCAACCAACAAUCUUUCAAUCAACAGGCUCCCCCACAACUAAAGUUCAAUUUAGAAUCUAUGGUGGAGUCAAUUGUCAUCUCACAACUUAAGCAGGACAAGUAUUGGGAAGUGAAUACGAAGAAAAAUGAGUUUCUCACUACCUCAAUUCAACAAAUUCAAGCUCAAAACAAGCUCAUGGAGAAUCAGAUGAGCCAACUUUCUCAUCAAGUGGGUAAAUCCUCGAACACUCUAGGCCAAUUUUCUUGCAAUAUCGAACAACCAUUUAAGGGUCAAAUCAGUUCUGUGUCUUUGAGGAAUGAUAGUCAGUUAGAAGUCCUUCUACAUAAUGUAACUAAAAAGAAGGUGAUUGUGUUAGAGGGAGAGAAAGUUGAAACUGGAAAUUUUGUUAAAGAAAUGAAGGUCGAAGAAGAUGAAAAAGAACUAUUUGUUUCUCCCAUUACACCAUACGAGCCGCAUGUUCCUUUUCCACAAAGAUUAGCAUUGUCUAAUCUAGAGAAGAAGUAUGAGAAUUUCCUUCAUAUCUUAAGGAAUAUGCACAUGUACAUCCCCUUCUUGGAUACUAUUUCAAAGAUGCCCAACUAUGUUAAGUUCUUAAAAGGCACUCUCUCAAACAAGAAGAAAACCGAUGAGAAUAGAACUGUUUCAUUCAAAUCGGAGUGUAGUGCCAUUUUGCAGAGAAAGCUUCCAAAGAAGCUAGGAGAUCCAGGUAGUCAUUCUAUUCCUGUCAAGCUUGGUAACAUUGAGAUUAAGAAAGCAUUAUGUGAUACUGGGGCAAGUGUCAGUCUUAUGCCUUUGUCAAUCUGUAAGAAGAUUAAUAUGGGUGAACUGAAGCCCACACGCAUCUCCCUAGAAAUGGCAGAUAGAACAAUCAAGUUUCCCCUUGGAAUCCUUGAAGAUGUUCCUCUCCUAGUAGGAAAUUUUUGUAUCCCGUGUGAUUUUGUGGUUAUAGAUAUGGAAGAAGAUGCACAGGUUCCCAUCGUUCUUGGGAGACCCUUUUUGUCCUCUACUGGAGCCAUAAUUGAUAUGAAGAAUGGGAAGAUCACCUUUGAAGUAGGUGAUGAGAAGAUGGAGUACAUAAUCACAAACUCUAUGGGCUCUCCUUCUAUGGGAGAAAGUAUCUAUAAAGUGGAUGCUCUUGAUGAGAUGAUAGAAGCUAAGACCUUCAAGAUACAACUUGACUAUUCAUUACAGACAGUUCUUAUAGAUAGUGCGGAUGAAAAGGAUUAGGAGACUAAGGAAUACAAGAGGAUGUAAGAGGAUAAAAGUAAUAUAUAGUAGCUGGAAAUCAUGUCGGUGUUGAAACUAAAAGAAUGUAAGGAGAGUUCUACGUCUUCUAUCGAGUUCAAACACCUUUCCUAGAAUUUGAAGUAUGUUUUCUUGGGUCCUAAGGAUAUAUACCAUGUUAUUGUUAAUGUUGAGUUUGAUGACAUUCAGAUUGGUACUUGCUCAUUGCUUUGAGAAAAUAUAAGA